CGCUAAAAUUUUUCCUCCUUUCUUAUAAUAAUAUAAACUACAUAUAUAUAUUUACGGUAAGAUAUGCACAACUUAAUAGGACACUAAGGAGACGUUUUGUCAAAAGAAUAUUAUUGAUUGGACUUUAUGUUUAUCCAGAGGACGAACGAGCCCAAAAAGUGUAUCUGAACAAUUUCAAAAGCGAAUAAAAAGGAAAUGGUUUACAGUGCGUAGCUUCGCAGAGAGAAGCUUAAGUAGAUCCAAUCGAGAACCAAUAUCCUUCUGUAACAAACGUACGUAUAAGCCAUGACAUGGAAAAUACUUCUUCUCUAUAUGCUAUACAACGUCGUAUUUGCCGAGGCAUCUGCUGAAGUCAAAAGUGCUGAUUUUCCAGAAAUGAAUCACCAAAAGGUUUUGAAAAAUAUCUCUUUACCUGAAUGCAAGUUCAGUGUAGCCAACGAGAGUAAACGCCAGUUCAGGUCAAGGUUAAGAGUGUUUGAUGUAAAUCUGAUAAGAUUUCGAAUCCGAUGGAAUAGUUCAAACGUCAUGAACAGCACUUUACCUGGCGUAUUUCAGCCGGACCUAUGGGUGUGGAGCUAUCGCCUUCCGCUUGGAAACUUUUCCUACCUCACCUGGAACUUAGAAUAUGGAACUUUGAGCUUUUCCAUUCUUGAAACUAAACUAUACGCAAUACGUUACAUUGAUUUAGUGACGACGCAAAAGAAAUGUUCGGUCACAUUCGGGAGUACAGAAACAACAAGCAGUAUUUCACAUUCUCUAAUGGAGAUGGUUCACGUUUUUAAACAUGAUGUUCCGAAGUAUGAAUACAACUACAUGUGCUACCUUUCAGAAGUUCCAGGUAUCAGAACUUCUUUCGCCUACAAAGCCGGUCUUUACUUCAGUUAUCCGGUCACAUUCCUAAAUUACAAAUGCUGUACAUAUGCGUACUCAUUUUAUAAAUUAAAAUUUAUUGGGUUCGAUUGCAACAAAUUCGUUGAUAAGUGGCAACUGUUAACGCAUGGUCCAUAUUUUUUUGGUCUUAUUCUUCUGUUGUUUUUUCCUAUUUUUCUGUUUGCUAUAUCUGCAGGCAUUUCUGAAGGCGAUCAAAUAAUUCCGAGGAAUGUCGAAAUGGGACCGCUUCUAUCAACAGACACACCCGGAGAAGAUUGGGUUUAUCUUGAUGGAAACUCGCCUUUAACCGUCUUAAACGUAUUGUCACAGCCCCUUGAUUGCUUAAGACGUAAUCAUCCCAUCUUAAAUUCACGUCUCCGACGUUUGAUUUGCGUAGUUUUUGCACCUAUGCUUAUCUAUUUAAAACUGUACAUGUUUAAAGAUGGAUAUCUUUAUUCUUAUAAUGAAAAGGUAACAAGCAUUUCCGUCAGAGACCUGGUCAAGUUUGGUAAACCUAUCGGAUUUCUUGCACUAUAUGGCGAUAUUUCGGACAUGAAUAAAACAUUUGUUCCUAUUCUUGGUGGUCCAAUCGUUGUCAUGAUACUGUACUUUUCACUAGCCAUAAUUUUGAUAGUGUGUCCUAAGAGUUUAAAGCAAAUCGUACAUAAUGGCUUACCGCGAAAAAGCGAUGUUUCACCCUUGUUCGACGGCAACGAAGAUAUACCUAGGUCGAGAGUUUGUUAUCGUGCCUCUGACCGAGGCUAUAAGCGAGCAUCGGAAAUUUGCAAACAAAGGGUUUACCUACUUAUUACAACUGACCAAUGGAGAAGGGUAUUCAGCAUUCAAAGAAAGAGAUUUGAAAGCGAUGGCACUCAUUCGAGUUUGAUAAGAAGGAUAAUUAAGCCACUGACGUUUUCAAUUCAAGUAUUUUUAUGUAUGCUUGAGGUAUUCAUUUACGUUCUAUUUUUUCUAUUUCCUCUAUUUACAUUUGGCGAAAUAAUGAUCAAAGGUACAGUUGUUACAAUAAUGGAUACUCGAAAUUCAUUUAAAAAGCAUGGUUUUCUUGUCAGCAACUCUGUUGUUUGGUUUUUCAUUACCGGCUUAGGUUUAGGGGCCGUCAUUGUUUUUGGCUAUUGCGUCUGUCUAGUGUUUCUUGAAAGUUUCAUCUACCUGGCCCAGAUCGCUCUAUACUGCUUUGUUGCACUCAUUGUGUUUCCUGCCAUAGCGUUUGGCUAUCUGUUUUUCUUUGCGACUAUUGUGUACUACUUGGCACAUUUACUAAGGGAUUUCGGAGAUGGGUAUUCGCGACUGUUGGAGAUAACUGUCAACAAAUGUAUUGAUUUAGAGGGAAAUAAAACUGUCCUAGUUCUCAAAGAUGAAACAAUUACUAUAAGAGUAAAUGGAGAAGAAAUAGUUCCAAUAGAAACACAAAUUAAAAUCCAAUCACGAGUUCACAAUGUACAAAUGGUGAUGCACAAAGACUUUGCCCCCGGGAUUCCACGGGAACUGUUUAACAAAAUUGUUCAGGAAAAGCGACCUGUAAAUGCGCAGAUGAUGAACUUGAUUGUCCACCUUACUAUCAUAAUUACUCUUAUAACAUUAACGUUGACUUUAGUUUCUGAGAUCAGUGCAGGGUUUACUACAGAUCAAUCUGAAGUGCUACAUAUUGUAUUCACUGUGAUUGUUGGAUUCAUACCCAAACUGGUAGAAAUGUUUCUCAAAGGAGGGAGUGAAAUCGGAAGCAAAGAGAUCGAGAAAAAAGCAAUCGGCGAAAUCGUUGAAAAGUUCUGGGAAAAUAGGGUUUGAAUCUUUAAGCUACACUCUCACAGAUUUACCGUUUUGAAAACUUUUUUUAUUUUUUGUCAUUGAAUGAACCAAUUUUAUUUGUACAUAUCUGCAUACUAGUUGUAUAAGACUGCUGACAAAAGAUCAGAUCGCAGAUUUUCAUAUUUCUGUUCGAAAAAUGUUUUAUGUCUUAGACCGAUAUUAACGGCUUAAGAAAUAUGCAUAAAAAUCGUUUUUGUACUAUAAUAUGAAAAUCUGCGAUCUGAUUUUUGAAUCACUGGUAUCUAUGCAUUUUCGAAUAAAUUGGCUCGUUCCAAGACAAAAAAUAUAAAAAAUGUCAAACGUUCAAUCUGUGAGAGGUCAGCUUUAAAAGUGUCCCUGAUUGUUAGGAUUUUUAUAUCCCGACUUUUUAACAGUUACUUAGUAUUAAAAUGGUAAUGAAUAAUUGAUUUGUUGUUUUCUGUAGGUAUGCUAAUUUGUUCUUCGAAGCACUUGAACCUAGUCUUAUUGAUGCUUUUGGUAGCUAAAUUUGGUACAAAUAGUUUGUAGUGAAAAAUGUUUCCCCCCAAAAUACUUGCAAUGUGGCUUUGAUGGGAUAGAAACGUCAGAUUUAAUCAGUCAAAAUUAACUGUGGAUUUUAUGUGUCUUUUAAAGUGUGCCUUGUAUAUUUGCAGGUUUGUUCUUUUAACACGCAUAAUAUGUGUUGACUACUUCGAUUUAUCGAUCACAAUUUAUUGCUGAUUUUUGUAUCGUUUAAAGUGUGCCUUGUAUGUUUGCAGAUUUUUUCUUUCUACUCGCGUAAUAUUUUUUAUUACUUCGAUUCUUAUCGUAAGUUAUAUUCCAUUACAAAAAUCUGUCAAUGCGGUGCUUAAUAUGUUAAUACAAUAUUGUUUAUCAUUGAUGUACGUACACUAUUGCUUUUUCCACUUACUAGGCCCAUUUUAUCAAACGUGUGUUCGACUCUUAAAAAACGACUAAGCUUUACCAUUUUUGUCUUGGUAUAAUGUAUGUAAUAUUCUCGUUUUGAAGAGUUCUGAAACAUUUAAGAGAAACUAUUUUUAUGAUAAGAAAUUUCUGUAAAAUGAGGUUAAAGAAAAUCAUUUUUUGCUUAUUGAAAUAAAGUAAUUAAACGUGUUGAGCUUAUGAUGUAUGAGAAAGUGUGGCCUGAGGUUGUUUGAACUAUUGUAUUGUCUUGAAGAAUACUAAUUUGUAUUGCCUUGUGUGUUGUUGUGUUUGUUUGUACGUUUUGACCUUUAUAGUUUGU